AUCCUCUUUAUUAGCUUUUGUGUUUGUAGCCUUGGAAGAUUAUUUGCAAUGCAGUGGCAAUGAAUAGCUACUGUUGAGGACAUGAAACAGUAACAGGAAUUUCUAAGAACUUGGUAAUGUUUACGCUGUGGAACAAAUGAAAACUAAAGCUUUAGUCACUGCAACAUCCUUUUUACCUUCAAAAUUCUUCCUGUUACUUGAAAUAUCUCAGCAGUGCUGUGAUAUGUCUCUAUAAUGAUGCUGGCCUUCAGUUAAGGAUGGGGUAUGUUGUGUGAAACAUCUACCUGUUCACAAAAGAAUGCAGCUCUUUUAGCAUGUCCUCAGCCCUAUUCUCCCUCUCCCAGGCUGUUGUUCAGCCAUCCAUUCCUUUCUAUUCAUUCCUUUACUAAGUAGGGAUGGAUUUAAACAGAUGCUAAAAUGCUCUGCUGAGCUGUGGUCUAAUUAGAAGCUGAGGGUGCCUCUGGAGACAGGGAAUCGAGGGAGCUCGCAGCUCCCACAAGAUAACCUGGCCCUGGCUCAUGCAUGUGAGAGACUUGUCUGCACUUUGUAUGCCAUUUGAGGAUUGCUUUUGAUACAAAACCUCUAUAAGUACAAUUCAGUAAAAAAAAAUUAGACCAAUACGUGUGAGCUCUCGUUAAGACUUUUCAAGCUAGCAAAGUAAGUAAAAUCUGAUGUCUUCAGAUGGGUCCAUGAGUCUCAGGUACUCCUUUGGGUAGAACUCGGAGGACUUGCAGCAUCACACACGUAACUCAAAUAACCACCAGUGUUUACAACAGUUUGUGGUGGCCCUGGAGCUGAACAUCCUUGUCACAGGAUGAAGAAACGAGUUGUGCUCUCACAGACACCAAACUGCUGUUCCAGGGGCAGACAGGCCCGGCUCGCAGAGAGCUGGCAGCUUGCUUCAGUUCACUGUGCUGCUGGGAACCUCUUCAGGUCAGCCGGGGGUCCCUGUGCGGCCCCCGCUCGUGGCAGCGGCACUCUCGGCUGUGAGCCGGGGCAGGACCGGCCGAGGGUGCGACGAGGGAAGUGUCGCUCGCUUUGGUGCCAGUGUGGUCUGGAAGUGUGAUUUGCAGGCACUUCACAAACUCUCCGGUGCAUGGCAGAAAACUGGCUUCUCUUAUCUGGGCUGUUGUUUCUGUGUGUGACCGACUCGGACCGUAACCCCCUCAGGGCAGCAGCCGGGCCUUUCAUGUGCGUUUGAAGUGCACGGCGUGUGGUGACCACGGUGUGUGACGAUUUUGUUCGUUCCCUCGGGCUGGGAGCGCUCGGUACCGCUCCGCAGGAGGGGGACGGAGAGAAGGUACUGUUUGAUGAGUGUGAAAGGAUGCUUCACUGAUUUUCAUAUUGAUUUUGGUGGCACUUCAGUGUGGUAUCACGUUUUCCGUGGGGGGAAGAUCUUCUGGCUGAUUCCACCUACUCUGCAGAAUCUAGAACUUUAUGAAGAAUGGGUUCUCUCAGGAAAGCAGAGUGAUAUCUUUCUGGGAGACAGGGUGGAACGGUGCCAAAGAAUUGAGCUGAAACAAGGCUACACGUUCUUCAUUCCUUCAGGGUGGAUACACGCGGUUUAUACUCCAGUAGAUUCUCUGGUGUUUGGUGGAAAUAUCCUGCAUAGCUUUAAUGUUCCCAUGCAGCUUCGCAUCUAUGAAAUUGAGGACAGAACAAGGGUGCACGCCAAAUUCCGGUAUCCUUUCUACUAUGAAAUGUGCUGGUAUGUUCUGGAGAGAUACGUGUCCUGUGUGACCCAGCGCUGCCACCUCAGCAAAGAGUACCAGAAAGAAUCAAUGUUAAUUGAUGCAAAAAGAAAACGCAGCACAGACAGCUACUCAUCAGAUUCGUGGUUAGACAUGGAUGAAGAAUCUUGUGAUGCCCAUCUCCAGGAGGAGAAGGAUGACAGCUUGGAUAAGAACUCCAAAUCCUUGGUGGAUGGCUCCUCCUCACCCAACAGCACACACUCAGAAGGGAAGGAGGCUGCAGGGAGGAAACAAAAAGCCACAGUAAUGAGGUACCUAAAAAGAACUUUGUCUAAUGAGUCAGAUGACAGCGUAAAAUCAACGACCCCUACGGACUAUCCCAAAACACCCACGGGGUCUCCAGCUACAGAAGUUUCAACCAAAUGGACUCACCUCACAGAAUUUGAACUGAAGGGUUUAAAAGCCCUGGUGGAAAAGCUUGAAUCUCUCCCAGAGAACAAGAAGUGUGUUCCAGAAGGCAUUGAGGACCCGCAGGCUCUCCUGGAGGACAUGAAGAACAUACUGAAGGAACACGCUGAUGAUGACCAAAAUCUUGCCAUUUCGGGUGUCCCUGUGGUCAGCUGGCCCAAGAAGACCACAAAGAACAGGGCAGUCGGGCGGCCCAAGGGGAAGCUGGGCGCUGCCUCUGCGGUGAAGCUCGCGGCCAACCGGAGCACGGCGGGCGCGCGGCGGCGGAGGACGCGAUGCCGCAAGUGCGAGGCGUGUCUGCGGACAGAGUGCGGAGAGUGCCACUUCUGCAAGGACAUGAAGAAGUUCGGGGGGCCCGGCAGGAUGAAGCAGUCCUGCAUCAUGAGGCAGUGCAUAGCUCCGGUGCUGCCUCAUACUGCUGUGUGUCUGGUGUGUGGAGAAGCUGGGAAAGAGGACACUGUGGAAGAGGAGGAGAGCAAGUUUAAUCUCAUGCUAAUGGAAUGCUCCAUUUGUAAUGAAAUCAUACACCCAGGAUGCCUUAAGGUGAAGGAAUCGGAUGGUGUGGUUAACGAUGAGCUGCCGAACUGCUGGGAGUGUCCAAAGUGCAACCAUGCAGGGAAAACUGGAAAAGCGUACAAGCAAAAGCGCGGACCAGGAUUUAAAUACGCAUCAAAUCUCCCGGGCUCGUUGCUGAAGGAGCAGAAAAUUAACAGAGACAACAAGGAAGUGCCAGAUGCUGCCAAAAGGAAAGGGGACUGCGAGGAGACUCCCAGGCGGAAAUCGGAAGAACAUUCCAAAAAGGCUCCGGUUGACUCAAUCCUGAGGAGAAAAUCUGACGAGGUGCAUCUGUGGAGAAAACGGAAAUUCGAGAAAUCCCAGGAACCCACGAUGAGAAAGCGGCGGCGAUCGUGGAAGGCCCCGGAUGACCGAACUGCCAUGAUCAAACCCCUGCGGCGCCUCAAGCAGGAGCCCGAGGAUGAGCUGCCAGAAGCACCCCCCAGGUCCAAGGAUAGCGACCAGUCUCGCUCCAGCUCGCCCACAGCUGGGCCCAGCACAGAGGGCGCCGAGCCCAGGGACAAGAAGAAGUUCAAGAUGAGGAGGAAAAGGCGGCUUCCCAAUAAGGAACUGAGCAAGGAGCUCAGCAAAGAGCUUAACCAGGAGAUCCAAAAAACCGAGAACAGCCUUGCCAAUGAGAACCACCAACCCAUCAAAUCUGAACCGGAGAGCGAGAACGAGGAACCCAAGCGUGCGUUGAACAACAGCGAGAGACUCCAUAGGUUCAGCAAAGGGUUGAACGGGACUCCCCGGGAGCUGAGGCACCACCAGCUCAUGCCCAGCCUGCGCAGCACCCCCCGGGGAAUAGCCCGGCCCCCGCCCUCGCUGUCGCCCCCCAAGUGCAUCCAGAUGGAGCGGCACGUUAUCCGGCCACCUCCCAUCAGCCCCCCUCCGGACUCGCUCCCCCUGGAUGACGGGGCAGCCCACGUGAUGCAGAGGGAAGUCUGGAUGGCUGUCUUUAGCUACCUCAGUCAUAGAGACUUGUGCAUCUGUAUGAGAGUUUGCAAGACCUGGAACAGAUGGUGCUGUGACAAAAGAUUAUGGACCAAAAUAGAUUUAAACCAUUGUAAAUCCAUCACUCCACUUAUGCUUAGUGGCAUUAUUAGGAGACAGCCUGUAACCCUUGAUCUUAGCUGGACAAAUAUAUCUAAAAAGCAGCUGAGUUGGCUUAUCAACAGACUGCCAGGUCUGCGGGACCUGCUGUUAUCAGGGUGCUCAUGGAUAGCAGUGUCGGCACUUUGUAGCUCCAGUUGUCCCUUGCUGCGAACUCUGGACGUGCAGUGGGCAGAAGGACUGAAAGACGCACAAAUGAGAGACCUCCUGUCCCCGCCCACGGACAACCGGCCAGGCCAGAUCGAUAACCGGAGCAAGCUACGGAACAUCGUGGAGCUGCGCCUGGCCGGGCUGGAUAUCACGGAUGCUUCGCUGCGGCUGAUCAUCAGGCACAUGCCCCUGCUCUCCAAACUCAAUCUCAGUUACUGUAACCACGUGACAGAUCAGUCUAUUAACCUGCUGACCGCCGUCGGAACCACCACGCGGGAUUCGUUAACAGAAAUUAAUUUAUCAGACUGCAAUAAGGUCACUGACCAGUGCCUGUCCUACUUCAAACGUUGUGGGAACAUCUGCCAGAUCGACCUGAGGUACUGCAAGCAAGUGACGAAGGAGGGCUGUGAGCAGUUCAUAGCGGAGAUGUCCGUAAGUGUCCAGUUUGGGCAGGUGGAAGAAAAACUUCUGCAAAAACUGAGUUAGUUAAAGGACUCGUGUAAAUACUGGGGUGAGGGGGGGGAAGGGACUAAGAACACGUAGGGAUUUUAUUUUCAAUUGGGAACUUGGAAUAUCAGAAAAUGCCGUGAUUGGAUUUUACAACUCUUGUUGAGGAGAGAACAACGUGAAACUACCCAUGUUAAGAAUUUCAACUUGUGCCACUAAUUCAGUCCACCUGGGAUGUCCUGCACUGGCUCUUAUGCAAAUUCAUAAGGCGACUGUUACCGAUGAUAAUUGUUCACACCCUGGAAGAGGACUGAGCUCCAAGAAAUACUGUUAUUUAAAGUACCACAGCAUGUGCUUGGUAGUGUAAAUUUGAUUUCUGCUUUUCAUUUCUUAAAACAAGAAAAAAAAAAAAGUUGGUGUCAUUUAAGUGGACCACGCACUGCAUUUCUGCCUUCUUAACACGUUUUGUUUUGUUACAUCUUACAUUAUGCAGAACUAUUUUUGUACAAAAAUUGUUUAAAAAUUAUUUAUGCAAUGUUUGAAUGCAUUACCAGUGUUUCGGUUUUGAUUGCCAAUUUUUAUCUUUACUUAUGGUAGGCGAGAACUUAACCUAUACUUCGUAGGCAGUAUCUAUCUACAAACGUGCCCAGGUCAGGAAAAGUAGGUUCAUACUUUCAACUUAAAGCAUGUUUUAAUGGAAGUUUAUAUCCUGCUUUGUAUACUUCAGAAGUGACAUAAGCAUGUUGUGGAAAUAAGGUGUAAAUUAUAGUUGAAGUAAAACACUUUUAUCUGUAUAGAAAUCACCUUUUUCUCAAAAUUUUAAAAAAAUUCCAAUUUCAGCUUUUGCACAUAGGAGGGUUUCACUCUGUAGCAUGAGCUCUUGUACUCAAUAUAAAAUUAAUUUAUACAGUGAGUCCAGCAGUAGAAUAAAUGGUCAAACGUAGUCUCUCUUUCUUUGAAGUGUGAGUUGAGUUCUCAUUUAAGGUUUAUAACAUGGUUAUUUCCUGAUUGUAAAAUUCUGCAUUCAUAAGUGCCAUUGUUGUACGGUGUUGUUUUCGUAGACCUUCCUGAUGCAGUUUUACCUUUGUUGAAUUUGUAUAAACAAUUGUACAAAAACA